AUGGCAUGGUGCACACCCGCUCUUCUGCCUUUUGGUCCAACUACUGACAUUGCUUAUUCUUUGGACUGCGGCUCUGAUCAUCGUCCUUUGGUCACCUCGGUACCUUUCUCCCCUUCACCAACAUCUCUCCAGCAAGGCCCUCCUCGAUACAAUAUUGCAUCUAUCGACCCUGUGUGUUUUACCUCCCGGCUACAUGAUAACCUUUUGCUUCGCCCCCCCCUUCCCCUGAUUGAUACCGAUCAUUUGGACGCUGAAGCCCUGACACUCAGUAACGCCAUCACUGCAACGGUUACUCAAACAGCCAAAGAACGUCGGCCUCCACGAUCCAAGCUGCACUACUGGGAUUCAGGCUGCACUGAAGCACACAAAUUCGUUAAAUCAGUACUCCGGGAGCUCUAUGCUACCUCAACUUCCAAUUUCAGACCGGAACUACAUCUACGCUUACGGUUAGCCCGACGCAACCUUCGUCGAAAUAUUGCCAGAGCUCGCAAUGAUAGCUGGCGUGAAUGCAUUGACUCUCUGUCAUCAACACCUGAUAUUCUUCGCAUUGCCAGCUGGAAACUGCGCCCACAACGGACUGGCUUCUGUCCAUUAAAAGAUCAGACUGGUACUAUUCGCCAUGAACUCUCAGAGAAACAAGAUCUUCUGAUGGAGACUUUCACCAACCCCAGUGGUCUUGCCCCUGAUGAUGACUGUCUACCUUCGUCUCUACCGGCACCUAUCUCAUUUGGUCCUGCUCUUACUGCGCAUGAGAUUACUAAAGCCUGUAUCAAUAUUAAGUCUACUAGUCCUGGUCCUGACGGCAUAACAGUUGCCCUUCUCAAGCUUGGAUGGCCGCAACUGCUUCCUAGAAUUUACUCUCUCUUUCAAGCUUGUCUAGAGCUCGGGCACCACCCUCAGCCGUUUCAUCACUGCACUAUGAUCGUGCUGCCUAAGAGUGGCAAGCGAGACAAGCUCUCACCCAAAUCCUACCGCCCUAUAUCUCUGCUUUCUGUUCUAGGGAAAGGUCUUGAACGCGUUUUGGCUAAGCGAAUGGCCUGGUUAUCUAUUCACCACCGCAUUGUCGGUCCACGUCAAUUUGGGGCACUUCCUUUACGAUCUGCUGCCGACCUUACUACUAGCCUCACUCAUGACAUUGAAUUCGCUUGGUCACAACAAAAAGUUUCCACAGUACUGACCAUGGACGUCAAAGGGGCAUUUGACGCCGUUAUGCCUGGACGUCUUCGGUACCGACUUCUUACUCAGGGAUGGCCUGCUUAUAUUGUCAGCUGGGUACAUAGCUUUAUGACUAAACGCUCUGCUUCUCUGCUACUCGACCACCACUAUAGCGACUCAUACUCUCUGAAACGCGGUCUACCUCAAGGGUCGCCUAUCUCUCCUAUUCUGUUUAUGCUAUAUAUUUGUGAGGUCGAUUCUGGGAAAGAUCCCAGAAGGGGCGGAAGAACCUCUUCUAGUGGCGCAAUGUUAAAGGUCUGCCACUGA